AUGGAGAAUGAAAGUCAGAACGACAAUGUCGUCGUCGGAGGCGAAGAGGCGCAGAAUCGAUCCGGCGAGAUGCCCACGGAGGAUGCAAGACUAGCUGCUCAAGCUUUACACAACGCUCGCCUGCCGAUUUCGACACUGCCCGCAGAGAUCCUCUCUUACAUAUUUGUCUUGUACGCGCACGAGAUCGAGAGACCGUCCUUAACGCUAUCGUCCACGGAUACGCCAGGGCUCGUCUCGCGAAGACCAGGUUCGGGCUGGCUUGACGUCUCCCAGGUCUGCGUAUUUUGGCGCACUAUAGCUCACGGCACACCCACCUUGUGGUCUUGCGGAGAUAUACCCUUUGAUUUGGGCCACUCAUGGUGCCGAGACUUUCUGGCCCGCUUGGACACCAUGGCAAUCAAGGUGUCCUUGGAUUUCCGACGUUUCAAAUCAGACGGUAUACCAACUUGGGCUAUAGAGCUGUUGAGGGAGCAUAUCCCUCGCAUAGGAAGGCUAGUCAUCGGAAGCGCUUCGGAAGCGUCGCUGCUGAAGUCCGAUAUCAUCAAGUGCCUUGGGCGCGACGCGGCUCCCCAAAACUUGACGUCUCUCUCUUUUUGGUUCCCGACAAGCACAUUGUAUGUGCCUUCAUCAGACAUGCAACGUAUCUUGAACGCGCCAACUCUGCUUCAUCUAUUGCUGCAUAAUGUUACGUGCGAUAUAUCCAGAUUGUCGUGGCCGAACUUGCGCAGCCUGACGAUCCAGUACGCACGGAUUGAUCCUACUCAAAUUUCCAAGGCGCUGUCAACUACACCUCUCCUGGAGACCCUCGCGCUAGAUGCGAUCAGACCAUUGCCUGAAAGCGCUCUCUUCGGAGCUCGUGCUCCCCUCCACAACCUGCACCGUUUCGACGUAUGGGGAGAGCCGAAAGGCAUCGCAGAGACGUUGGCGAACCUUGUCCUACCACCCUUGCACACCUUCACUAUCGCCAUUCUCGACAAUCACCAAGAGAUGACUCCAGUGGAGACUGUGUUGUCCAUACUACAGCACUUACAUACCCAGUUGCACUCCGUUGAAGCAAGCGGUCGGGCCAUCAUCAAAUAUGAGCUUGAUUCAUCCGAUAGGUUUAGGAUCGAGGCCAUCACCCGCUGCAAUCGUGAAAAACCGUUUGACGACGAUGAACAGUAUACAGCGCUCCAUUUCUCUGCGACGCGAACGACAAUGCGAUCUGAUGUUGUGGAUCUAUCUCAGCUCUUGCGAGCGUUCCCAAUGGGGAACUGCGAGGUGCUCGACCUCUCUAUUCAAGAGAGCUUCACUACCCCGUGGUAUCCCUGGUCGAGCCAGAUCUGGCUGGACCUAGCUCCACGGACGACCAACAUCCAUACGCUCCGCGUGCGCAUAUUGAAUGCCUGCACGCUCGUGAGGGCAGCCCUAGAAGGUUUCGAGCUCGACGAGCAGGCGAUCAUCUUGCCUUCCCUCCGAUCCUUGUACUUGUACGAUGUCCCUUCUGAAGGCGGAACGCGAGACCACGAACCGCUCUACAAAGAUCUCGUGUCGUGGAUACGUACGCGCAAGAGCCAUGGGAUUGCCCCGAUCCGCGAACUUCGGUUAGAGGAUUGCGAGAUCCGAGCUAAUUGGCUGGCCAUCCUCGCGAGUCUUGACGUUGUUGUCAAUUUGGACGAAUCGUAA